AUGAGAAGCAAGGAGCCCUCCUUUCCCCAUGUUCUGGAUGUGGGCUGGCCUGACCUUCACGCUCCACCCCUUAAGAAGUUGUGCACCAUUUGCAAAGCUAUAGAAUUGUGGCUGAACAGUGACUCUCAGCAUGUGGUGGUGAUCCGUUGCUGAGGUGGAAAAGGAAGAAUAGGAGUAGUGAUAUCUGCAUACAUGCCCUUUGCAGAUGUGUCUGCCAGUGCAGAUCAAGCCCUAGAUAGAUUUGCUAUGAAGAAAUUAUUUGAUGAUAAAGUUUCUGCUUUAAUGCAACCAUCCCAGAAAAGGUAUGCACAGUUCUUAAGUGGCCUUCUCUCUGGAUCUGUAAAAAUGAACACACCAUCUCUCUUCCUGCAUUACAUUAUCCUACAUAGAAUUCCGAAUUUUGAUGCUGGGGGGGGGGGGUUGAUUUGUCGGCCUUUUCCGAAGGUGUACCUGGCCAUGCAGCCAGUUUAUACAUCAGGAAUAUAUAUUGUGGGGCCAGAGAAUAAAAACAGAGUCUGUACUGGCGUGGAAACAGCCCAGCUGCUUGAAGGGAGAUAUUAUGCUGAAGUGCUGCCAUAAAAAAUAUGGAUGUACCACCUGUGAUAUUUUCCGCCUGCAAUUCCACACAGGGGCUGUUCAAGGAUAUAGUCUGGUGUUUGACAAAGAGGACUUGGAUAAUGCAAACACAGG